ACAAUUUAGAAUCGGAGACAACAUCUUAGGAAAAAUUAAAAUGAACGGCAGUCUACGCUACGGCAGCGCAGAACAUGCAACCUCGCUCCCUUCUCUUCCGGUCGCGUGUCUCUGACAACUCCGUCCGUAUCUGUAGAGUGAGUACCAAACCCCGAGACUACCUGCUCCACUCGCCCCUCGCCACAAACAACAACCAAGAUUCUCUGUCGCCAUGGCCAGAUCGCUGGAGCCGCCGCCGUACUACGCCGCCUCGCGCUAUACUAGCAGCCGCCCUUCCUCCUCAUCCGCGGUGGGCUCCUGCGUCGUGGCCGCGCUCUUCCUCCUCCUCGCGGCCGGCGGCGCCGCGACCGCGCUCUUCAUCCUCUUCCGCCCGCGCGCGCCCGCCAUCGCCGUGACCGCCGUGCAGCUCCCUUCCUUCUCCCUCGUGAACGGCACCGCCACCUUCACCUUCCAGCAGCUCGCCUCCGUGCGCAACCCCAACCGCGCGCCGCUCGCGCACUACGACAGCUCCCUCCGCGUGGGCUACGCGGGCGGCGAGGUCGGCUCCAUGUACAUCCCCGCAGGCCAGAUCGAAGGCGGCCGCACACAGUACAUGGCCACCAGCUUCACCGUCCCCGCAUUCCCCUUCUCCUCUGCCUCCGCCGCGCAGCCGGACACCAUCACCGUUGCCGCCUCCGGCCCGUCCCCUGCUCUCGCCGCUCUGGCGAGGCAGCAAGCGCUGUCGCCGCCGUUGAUUGAGGUGGACUCGCUGCUGCGCAUGAAGGGCAAGGUCACCGUGCUUGGGGUGCUCACCCACCAUGUUGAGGCGGCCAAGUUGUGCCGCAUUGGCGUCUCGCCGGCCGAUGGCCGCGUGCUCGGCUUCCGAUGCUGAAUGUGCUGCUAGGCCCCAAGAUCUGACGCAGUCAAUUUGGUUGGUCAUGACCCGCGACCUAUCAAUUCCUUGGAUUCGAUCGGUAUAGAAUUGGUUGUUAGAUAAGAUUGUUCGCUUUUUAAGCUUUCUUUGGCUUUUUUGAGUAAGUAUUUCUUUACAGUGGUCUGGUUUGCUAGAUUAUUCAUGUGUAAUCUUGUUGUUAUUCAUGUGUAAUCUUGUUGUUGUAGAUGAAUUAAUAUAGAAUUCUAGGUGCUCAGAAAGUCCAGACCAAAAGAAGAUUUGGUCCUCGAGAUGUUCCACUGUUCAAAAUUGGACAAAUUAGUUCUUCUAAGCAAAAGCAUACAUGUAGUGAGGAAAAGUUUAUUGCUUUGUUGUAGUAUUUCGUUUGCUUCGAAUCCAUUUCUAUCUCGAAGUUGCAAUGUACUCAGAUUUUUUUCUCUUCUAAGCAAUUCCAGUUAGAUUUCUAAAAAAAAAUUACCGCAUGCAA